GAGCUGGGAGGGCGCUUGGACGGAACCGUUCAGGUGGCUAGGAGCUCUGCCAGCUUUGGUCACCUUGGGUAAGUCUGUACCUCAGUUCGCCUCCGGGUCAUCCCCAGUGGGGAUGCAGGAAAGGGUUGAAAGAGGCGACUAGAAUGCCCCCUUGGGGCAGGGUGUGUGCGAGGGUCCCUGGCAGAGCCAGACCGGGACCGGGGACUGCUAGGAGGCAGAAGCCAGCAGUGCCUCUGGUGGGUGGGCGCAGGGCAUGUGUGCACUGCAAGCUGGGGAGAGGGGACCGCGCACCCUGGCUUGUUGCUCGGCUCAGUCCUCCAGACCCACGUCUGCCAGACCAGUCCCAGGUGCGAAAUAGGGGCGCUACCUCUUUAAAAGCGUCCGGGCUGAGCCUCUGCCGCACCCUGUGAUUGCCUGAAAGGCCCGGCUAGGAGCUCUGCGGCGGGAGCCUGGAGGACCGUGAGCUGCUACGCGCGGUGCUGAGAGCCCAGCCCUGCCUGGCGCGGCCUCGAGCCCUGAGUGGCACCAGGUGUCCGGAACUUUGGGCACAGCCUCUGGGACUCCCUGGCCACCAGCAGACAGGAUGGUGAGCUCCCUGCAUCCUGUUCUGUGGGCAUGGGUAGGCAGAGCCAGGCACUGGGGACCCGUGUGGGGUGAGUGUGUGCUGGGAACUGCCUCACACCUGACAAAAUAGCCGGUGGAGGAGUGAGUGCCGCUCUUUUAUGUUGUCGAAUGGAUCCGCUGGGACUGAUAAGGGGAGGGGACAAAGAUCUGGCAGAGAAAGGGUUAGGGUACCCCACCAGCUUGGGCAGGCACUAGAUGUGCCAAGUGGGGCACAUCUCCAAAGGGCAGCUGGACUUCCAGAGCCGCCUGGGUUCCCCUCCCCUUCCCAGGCAGGCCUUCCCACCCCAGGCUUCCGUGACCACAGGUGCUUGCCUCCUGCCCCUUGGUGCCUGUCUGCUGAUGUGCCCAGCCUGUGCCCACCAUGCCGCCCUCCAUCUCGGCCUUCCAGGCCGCAUAUAUUGGCAUCGAGGUGCUCAUCGCCCUGGUCUCCGUGCCUGGGAACGUGCUGGUGAUCUGGGCAGUGAAGGUGAACCAGGCACUGCGGGAUGCCACCUUCUGCUUCAUCGUGUCACUGGCAGUGGCUGAUGUGGCAGUGGGCGCUCUGGUCAUCCCACUUGCCAUCCUCAUCAACAUUGGGCCACAGACCUACUUCCACACCUGCCUCAUGGUCGCCUGCCCUGUCCUCAUCCUCACUCAGAGCUCCAUCUUGGCCCUGCUGGCAAUCGCUGUCGACCGCUACCUCCGUGUCAAGAUCCCGCUCAGGUACAAGACAGUGGUGACUCCCCGAAGGGCUGUGGUGGCCAUCGUUGGCUGCUGGAUUCUCUCCUUUGUGGUGGGCUUGACACCUAUGUUCGGCUGGAACAACCUGAGUGCGGUGGAGCGGGCCUGGGUGGCCAAUGGCAGUGUAGGUGAGCCCGUGAUCAAGUGUCAGUUUGAGAAGGUGAUCAGCAUGGAGUACAUGGUCUACUUCAACUUCUUUGUCUGGGUGCUGCCCCCACUGCUGCUCAUGGUCUUCAUCUACCUGGAGGUCUUCUACCUGAUCCGCAAGCAGCUCAACAGGAAGGUGUCGGCAUCCUCUGGCGACCCGCAGAAGUACUAUGGGAAGGAGCUGAAGAUCGCCAAGUCGCUGGCCCUCAUCCUCUUCCUCUUUGCUCUCAGCUGGCUGCCCCUACACAUCCUUAACUGCAUCACCCUCUUCUGCCCUUCCUGCCAUAAGCCGAGGCUCCUCAUGUACAUCGCCAUCUUCCUCACACAUGGUAACUCGGCCAUGAAUCCCAUCGUCUAUGCCUUCCGCAUCCAGAAGUUUCGGGUUACCUUCCUUAAGAUUUGGAACGACCACUUCCGCUGCCAACCUGCACCCCCCAUCGAUGAGGAUCCUCCAGAAGAGAGGCCCGAUGACUAGACUCCACCUCCUGCCCCCAGCUGCGCACAUCUGGGGCAUCUCAGCCCAGUACUCACCUCCCUGCUGUCCCGCUCGUCUCCCUUGUCUCCCUGACUCUUCCCUACUGGCCUUUGGGCUGUGAGUGCCCUGCACCGCGAGGUCCUGGAGGAGUUUUGGGAGGGCAAUCCAUGGGGAAAGAACGAGGUAACCUGAGGGGACGGGGAAAGUGGGGGCAGCACCCUAACCCUAACCCUAACCCUCCCCACCUGCCUGACCAACCCACAGGCAGCCCAGCGCAUCAGGCUGAGUGGGGCUUGGGGACACUGAGACUGCCAUGGGGCCAUGUGGGCCAGGAGGGCAAGCUCAGCUCCCGUGGCGGGAAGGGAGGGGAGUCUGCUUGUCUUAGGUGGUAGUGGUGCAGCCCUGGGACCAAGUUUAAGGAGAGGAGAAUAUCCCUGCCAAGAUGGCGGGAAGGGGAGAAACUAGAUGUCCUGACCUUGUUUUCUCUCCUGUUCUGUAGCAGAAGGUGGCCAGAGCCACUGACAGGCAGGAAGCAAGGAGCCUCAGUCCCCACCUCCCAGAACCCUGUGUUCCUGGCCAUGCUGCAUGCCAGGGUGCCUGCUCUCUUUGCCCUGGGGAUCCCAGGGUUAUACUUGGGAGAGGCCGAAAGAACGAGUCCAGAAAUAAUUUCCAGUAUUUGCUUUAUUCUCCACUAGCCCUUGGACCUGAGUGGGGGCUCCGAGCUCUCUGGAGCUAAUGUGGAAUGGUAGGUGUGGGCCUCAAACAGCCACUGGGAGACAGUGUUGAGCCCUCAUUCUUGCCUUGAGCCUCCCAAGUAGGAGACUUGGAGUGUAACUGCCUGUCCUCUGGGCCACCAGCUCUCGGUGAUGGGCAUGUGCCCUCUUAGGUGACACCCAUCUCUGUUGCUUCUGAGCCAGAUGGAGAGGAGAGCCCCAGACAUGCCAGCUCUUGGGAGCAUUCCGCCUGCCUGGGGAGUGGAUGAAGAAGGGAAAGUGGGCUGCUGUGGUCAUGCUGGGAUGAAGUGUGACAGGGUGGUCAGGCCAGAGGAGACUACCCUCCUGGGUGUAUGGGCAGGAAGGUCUUACCAGAAUUUAGGUACCCUCAGUACCCCUGACACUUAGCACAGUGUUCAUGGGCUUUGAGGCUCUGUUGCAGAGUCUAGGCCUUUAGCCUAAACCCUUGGGGAAGGGUCUACUCCUGGCCAAGCCCAAAGCUCCUUAUACAGAAGAAUGAGGGGCCAGAUUCUAAGUGUGAAUAGCAACUCCAGACAUGAUUCCAGGCCCUUCCCUCUCUCAGAGGUGGGAUAUCCCCUGGCUCCCAGGGCGGGCCACUUGACUAAUAAAAGACUGUGAACCCUCAUGGAGAACGUACCCCACCACCGUCUGAGGGCAACAAACAACCUCAACAGAGAAAAAGCAAUGGUGGGGGAUAGGGAGAGGUGAAGAGAGGGGGGACUUGGAGGCAUUUGGAGCAAGGAGGGUUCCAAAGAAGGGUGUGUCUCUUCCUAUAGUUAUCCUCUUAGGGUAGCAAACUCUGCAUGUGAAAUGAGAUCCUAAAAAAUCUCAUAUCUGGAAAAGCCCCAUGACACCGCGAGCCCCCUCCCACGGGCACCUUCCUCAUGGUGUCAGAGGUGGAGACCCCCUCAUGGUGACACAUUCAACACCCACCUCGUGGUGACGCAGUGCCGCCCCCAUCGUGAUGAUGCUCAUUGUCACAGAGGCCCCUGCACUGUAUCACCACACACCUUUAUUCAAGUGCUUCUCGCCCAGUGUACAGCUCCCUGCAGGAGCGCUCCAAUCUUUGCACUUUCCAGGGCCCCUUGUAUCCAGGAAGCCUGGCCUGGGGCCUGCUAGGCAGGUACCAAGGAGCAAAGCCAUCAGUCAUCACUGUGGAGAUGGGAACCUCUGGCCUCCGUGGAGCUUGAUUCUGGGCCUGGCUGCCCUGAACCCUCAGGCCUGCAGCACCUAGCAGAGAACAUGUUUUAUGAGCCCCUGCUGUUAGGCAGAGCUGGGCUAUACGUGCCCUGCUGAAGGGUUGAUAUGGGGAGGGCGAAGCAGUACCCCUCUUCCUUUCCCAGGCCUCCUUCCCCUUAGGCCCUUGGGCCCAAAGCCCAGGUCUCAGCUCUGCCCACUGCAGCUCCAGGAUACAUCCUUACUAGUCCAGGGCCUCAGAACCACCUGGGGACGGCAGUCAGGGCAAGGAUGUUGCCCCUACUUCUCUGACUGAGGAAACAGGUCCAAGGGAAGGCCCUGGCCUAAGGUCUUUCAGAGCCAGGACUAGAUCCUGUCCUCUGACCAUCCACUGAAUCCCUUCCACUGAAUGCCCAUGCCUUCCAGGCGUCACCAGCAGCACCCUGCCCGGCAGCAUCUGUGGAGCACCCCCAGGACUGUGCGUGUUCGUUGCCUGUGACUGCAGAUUUGUACUCAGAGCUGGCUGCCCCCUUCCCUUCUCACUCCCACCCCUGCUCCUGGCCUCCACCCCCAGAGGCAGCGGAGGGAGUGCAUGCAGCCAUUUACCUUCCUGCUCAUCACAGCCUCCACCAGUGGCUCUUCAGUGUGUGGCUGAGGCUGGGAGAGAUCUGAAGCGCUCAGCCUCGUCUAGUCCAGCAGGAGAAGAGGUGGCUUCUCCUGGUCUCCCAUCCAUUGGAGGGUUCCUAAGGAGUGACCCCUCUCAAGUCCUCACCUUUGACCUCCAGCCGGCAGUCCACAGACGCCUCCCCCAGCACAUUGAUGGCCUUGCAGGUGUAGACCCCGGAAUCGAAGGGGCUGGGUUUCCGGAUCUCCAGGGUGCAGACACCUUGCUCAGAGAGGGCGCGGUAUUUGGGAUCACCCUGGAUGUCCAUCUUGUUUUUCAUCCAGAUGAUCCUGGGCUGGGGAAGCAAGGUCAGAGGAGAGCUGGGAAGUUUGUGGGCCAGGACGAGGCUCUCGAAGGCCAUCCUCAGCUUAGGGAAAGAUGCCUGGGAAGAUUCUUCAACCCCGGUGCCCCUGCCCAGGCCACAGCAGGGCCCUGCCCCUCACCUUGGGUGACGCUCGGACACUGCAGAAGAGCUGCGUGCUGUAGCCAGGGGUGGAGGUGUGGUCAGCCAGGGGCUGGGUGAACGAGGGGGCUUCUGAGAAGUCUCGCUCAACAAAACUUUUAGGUUUGGCAACAAUAUCUGGUUUGGAGGGAGAAAGUAGGGUGAAUUUGAGGUUACAGGAGGAGACCUCUUAAGACUGACCUCAUCCAUUUUCUUAAGAUCACUACAGCUUACACUUCGGUAUGCCAUUUAAUCUACACAGCAUUCCUUUGCAAGGAUAAAUUUGUCAUCCCCAGUUGACAGAUGGAAAACUUAGACCCUUCAUAGAUGAGGGACUUGCCCAAUAUCACGUAGUGAGUUUGUGGCUUAAGCGAUGGAAGGUCACAUGAUGACUAUGGCUCUCUGAGCAGAGAGCUGGUGGUCUGGAGGAAAAUUAAGGGCGGGAGACAAUCCAUUUCAUCCCUGCCUCCUCCUCUGGAACCCCAUGGCAGGACCCUAGGCUCCUGGGGUCUUUGGGAAGCCAGGCACAGCCAACAUGCCGGAGCUUAGAGGCAGAACGUCUCAAAGAGGCAGAGGAAAGCCGAAACGACAGCUGGGUGAGUCACUGAGGGGAGGAGAGAGGGGGCUGGGCAGCAAAGCCAAACAGAUGAGAUGAUCUUGGCUGAGGGUGGAGACUAAAAACCCAGGGAUUCUACAUUUCAUUUCUGUUUGUCUUUGGAGACUUGACUGGCUUUCUUCUUUUAAAUGAAAAUUUCUUCCUAAUUCUGUGCUGUUCAGGCUAAUGUGUGCUUUCUGCAGCCCGCACAGACUGUACGGGGGAGGGCCUUGGAGCACACAGGGUGACAGGGAGAAAGGGCUUGGAAUUUCACAUUUGACGCAAGAGGGCCAUGUGCCUGUAUAGAGACAGUAAAUACCCUUAUCUCUCUUGUCCAUCUAUGUGGUGUUAUAUUAGGGUCGGGAGUUUGCUUUUAGCAAACUCACCAGUCUACCUAUCCGCACACAUUGCCCUUCACAGUAGCUCCCUUGGGACACUGCACAGGAGACCCAAUGACUGCUAUGAUGUUGGCAGCCAUACAGCAUCUUUAGAACAAGUGCACAGCCUCCCAAGGGGUGCUUCUCAUUUGCAUGGGUUUGCUCUGAUGUGUUUGUUUCAAUCAAUCAACCAUGUCCAUUUCUUUACAGUCACAAGGUGUGAAUGUGUGUGGGGGGGGGUAGCUGUGGAGUGGGUGUGGAGAGGGCAGCAAAAUCUCUGGCAAGUGGGCACCCAUGAGAAGCACAAAGGGAGGGGUGCUGACACACCAAGGAAACGUCAGAGACAGGGAGAAGGGUCAGCAUGGCAAGGCCUAGCUUGGUUUCCAGGCUUGGACCCAGACCCACCUGUCUUCUGGAUGUGGGCGAGCUCCUUGGUGACGGCCGCCGAGGCACUGAGUCCACACCGGUUUUCCGAGAAGACUCGGAAGGAGUAAGAGUUACCCACGAUGAGGUCUGAGAUCGUGCAGGUGGUCGGGUGGUAGCGCUCCAGCACUGUGAACCAUUGCUGCAAGGACCCUGGGCCUGUCAUCCUCACCUCCCCCCUGCCCUACCCCUCCCUGCUCCCCCUGUGGCCUCUUCCUCAGAGGGGCUUGUUCCACGCCCCAGCCCUGGGAGGCUGAAACAUCCAGCUUUGGGUCUGAGGGACUUUAAAUUGGGAGAAGGAACCCCUGGGAGAAUGUGACCUUGCUGGGGUCUUCAGAGAAUUCUAGAACUUUACUGGUCAAAGUGUGGCCCGAGGUCCUGCAAAGUAAGAAUCACCUGAGAACUUCAUAGAAGUUCAGGAUCUCAGUCCCCACCCCAGACCCACUGAAUUAAGAUCUGCAUUUUAGCAAGAUUCCCAGGUAAUUCAUAUGCACAUUACAUUUCCUGAAGCACUGCUCUAGAGCUUGAAGGGCCUCCAAGAGCCACCCUUGCAGUCUUCAGGAGGAAACUGAAACCCAGAGAUGAAAGAGAUUUGCCAAGAGCCACACAGGGAGUCAGGUUAGUGGAAGGCAGACCAGAGCUCUUCAGUCCGUGGACUCUUAGUGGACAGGCCUUCCCAGAUACCUAGGCCACUUCUUCCCCCACAAACCCAACCCCAGUCAGACCUUCCUCCUCCCCUUACUCUGCUCCAGCGGGCCUCACCCCUGUCUUUUUGUCUGCCUUCUGCACCGUGUAGCCCAGGAUCUCAGUGUUGCCUGUGUCCUGGGGUGGUGUCCACUCGAGGGCAGCGUUGCAGCCCCAGACAUCCAGUAGCCUGAUGCUGCUGGGGGAUCCAGGUUUAUCUGUAGGACCCGAGUGUGAGAGAGAGUGAGGGGGAGGGCUGGGCUUGCUGCAAAAUCCCCCCACCCAAGAUCUGGCUCUUACCACUCUCUCUUGGCCUGACCCCAUUGGCCAUCAGUUCUGGGGCAGGAGGAGAGGUCUCUGGGUCCCCAGCAAGUCAGCCCUGCCUCCCCUGGCCCCAUACCGAUCACCAGGAUGUCGAUGGCUGCCUUGGCCUCCAGGCCUUCCAGCUGUACUGUGAGCUCAUAGCAGCCUGAGUCGGAGCGCUGGGCUGAGCGGAUGAAGAGGAUGGAGUCCUGGUCCCCGGUGCGCACACUCACCCGCUGGCUGUCCAGGGCGUGACCGUUGUGGGUCCACGAGGCCUGAGGCUCGGGAUUCCCCUGGGAGGGAGGAGCCCUCAAGGUGAGCGCAGAAGGCACCAGCACCCCCACACCCACUCAGCUCCAGGGAUCCCUGUGCCAGGGGAGCUGUCCGCAUUGGCCCUUCUGAGCAGGGGCAGCAGAGGCUAGAGCCACAGGUGCUGCCUAGAGCCUCAUUCUCCGGAUGUCCAGCCAGCCCCGGGGCCACCUGUCCUGUUCACCGGCUGGAGAAUCACAACUGAGUCAUGUGUACAACAGAGGGAGGAUGAGGCCAUCUUGGUGGGUGAGUCUCAGGCAGACCUCCACGGGGAUCCUGACAUUUCCUGGGCUCCUCUAAUACACCUCACACGGGGGCCCUUAUUUCACCCAAGCUCUUAUCCUGGGCAGGAGGCAUACUCACCUGGAAGGGGAUUUGCAGGUUAAUCAUCUCUCCCACCUGACGGACAUAGGUCUGACGAAGGUGGCGGGGAACGCGGAUCUUGGGGGCCUCUGCAUUAAAGCGAGAGGCUAGGCUUAGCACAGCAGGGGGCUGCUGAUUGGAGGCUUCUGUGGCAGGGGCAGGGGACAACUGGAGAAGGCUGCUGGCUGGGCAGGAGGUCUGAGUGUGCUCUGAGGCUGCCUCCUUGUGGACAGGGCAAAGCUCACUCCCCAGAUCCAGGGACCCAAAUCCUCUGAGGCCCUUGGGGACUUGAGAGCCAGGAGGUUCCAGGAGGGCAGGACCUCCACGGUGUGAACUGGUAGGCAUCCGGGGCACUCCCUUGGUGCCCUGACCCUGCCAGGCUGGGAUUUGCCCUGCUGCUCUGGUAUUCCUGGGCUCCAGAUGGGCCCCAGCUGGCUCCCUGGCUCCCCCUGGUGGGCAGCGUGUGCUGCGCCUGUGGGCCUGCAUUCCCUGGAAGGGUGGCAACACUGCCUUCCCAGUCCCUCUGCCCUUCUGCUUUGAACAGCUCAGGCCUUCAGAGAAGCCCCUGUGAGACCCAUUUGCCCACUGCUCUGUCUCCAAGCCAUAUGGGAGGAUUGGAAUCUUUCCCUUUUUAAAUGAAGCCAGAGCAGACCUACCCCCUUCCUUCUCUCUUACUCCUGCCACUACCUUUCAGUCUGCGGUGGGGGAGUCCUUCCAGACACUUUACUUCAGCCCCAUGCUACGGUAGAGAACCACCUUCCUGACUAUCACCUAAUCAUGUGCAACCACUGAAACGGUCGGGCAUUCCAAGGGAAGCUGCAACAGCCCCUGCCACUAUCCCCCCGGGCGGGAGCAGGGGUGGUGGUAGCUGAGGCUCCUCAGUGGCAAACAGGUGGCAGCAGUCGGUCAGUGGCAUGCAGGGCAGAGAGGGAGGAGACAGAAGGAACACGGUGUCUCUGAGGAUUAGCUGUGCAGGCACUUGGCCCUGGGAGCAUCAGGCGUGGAAUGUUCCAGGGGCAGCUGCAGGGGGCCAGGAAUGCUUGGCAGCUCCAGGUGGCUGAGGAGGGACAGCUGAGCAGCUGAGGACUCUGGACAGGGUCCCCACCCUGCCCUGCCCAUGAGGGGGGCCUGGCUGGCUGCUCCCUGUUUAUUCACAGCCUCCUCCCCUCUUCUCUCCAGGAAAUCCCCUUCUCUCCUGCCAGAGGAAUUUUAAUGGAGUAGAGGGCGCUGAGUCUAGCGGACUCCUCCAGUGUUAGGCCUUGAAGUAGAGGACCCUGGCCCCUGCAGGCUCUCAGAGUCUGAGAUCCCUGGGCCCUCAGGAAAGGUCCAGGAUGCCCACCAACCCCACUCCCCAACAAGGAGGGCUUCCUGGCACUCCCAGGCUAGAAUCGGUGAGUCCAUAUUAAGUUGCCAGGUGGCACCAUGUCUCACCAAGACUCAAAGGAGGGGAAAGGCCUCUGGUUUUGAAAACCACCAGAAAAAGAGUCCCUGCUGCCUGGUAAGACAUGAACUGGCCUGUGUGGGAGUCAGGUUCUGGGACUGCCGCUAAUAGGCUAGGUGACCUCAAGGGAGUCCUGGGUGCCUUUGGACCUGCUUGGCUUGGAUGGACAAGCCGUGACAGUCUACAGUUCUACACUCCCAACCCCCUGGUGCCCACAUCUCUCAGGCCUUAGAGUUGAAAAGUAUUUCCUUGAAUCCAAACUUGACCUCCUUCUGUGGCCAUGAAACCCCCUCUGUCUGGAGGCCUUGUCCAGAAUUAUGGGGUCAAGAUGAGGAGGGGGGAACAAGGAGAAAGGUGGAAAAGGCCUCAGGCCACCUGCUGGCCUAUGUCUCUUGUCACCCUGGGGCUCUGGGCUGUCCCCAGAAACCUUGGAUCAGACCAAAUGACUCACUGCCAUUAACAGACUGAAACCUGAUCGGUCCUGGGAGGGCUUGAGGCUAAUGCACCCUACAAAUAGAAAUCUUAGCAAGGGGACAGCAGCUGGCCUCCCAGGUUCCCAGGGCAGCACUGGCCUCUGGGGAUGGAGAAACCUUCACGGACCUUUUGUAGGGCAUUAAUCUUCUUCCCACUAGGGACGUGGUGCAGCAAGAGGCAAGCAAAGACUCCUAUCUGGAACCCAGGCCAUAUGAAAUGAGCAGAAAAUGAGCUUCCAUGGCCGCUGAAGGAUUUAAGAUUAGGUAGGAAGAAUGAAAUGACUCUAAGCAUUGGGACUCUGAGGCAGGUGACCUGGGGAGCUUGAGCUCUCACUUCUGGAGGUCAGGAAGCUUGGGGGCUGGGCCACUCAGGGAAGUGGCCUCUUUGACCUCUAGAGGCCCCUUGCUGCUGAGGAACCUGGGACUUUCUUAAGGCAGAAUGGCGAUAGCAGGUGGCUUGUGCACGUAAGUGUGGGAUGGGGGGAAAUGACUGUCCUGUUCGCUCUACCCAUUGGCAUCAGUUUCUCCAUCCAUUAGAUAAGGUGCCUGGGAAGGGCUGGGGAGCAGGAUUUACCGAUGAUCCUUUGGAUGUGGACAGGCUGGUCCAGCACAGCCGGUGGGCCAGCCCCUGCAGAGCUCACUGCAGCCACACGUAUGAAGAACUUAUCACCUAGAGCCAGGUUCCGCACGGUCUGCUGGGUCACCAUCAUGGGCCGGGAAUUCACAGGCACCCACUCCAAGGCUGAGAGAAAUGAAGAGAGUGCAAGGCCCUGGCUCCAUGACUGUGGGCACCCUUCUCAGUGGGGUUUCCCUUCUCGCUGAUGAUCUGAGGAAGCUGACCUCCCUUUCUGGGACUUAUUUUCCCUUUGCUUCCCUGACUUCUUGUUGUCAAAUGGCAUCAAAGACACCUGAUGUUAGAACCCUUGAGUGGUGGCCAGAGAUGGGUUUGCCCGGAGCCCAGAGAGGGUUGGACACAUUUGCCAAAUCACACAGCAAGGUAGGGGCAAAGGCAGCCACACGUAUGAAGAACUUGACUGCCAUGGAGGUGGAUAACAGGAUGCUGGCAUGAGGAAUUUGGCCAGAGCUGCCCGUCCCCUAUUUCUCCUCACUCUCUCUUACAACUUACCCUCCCCCUCAGCUUCUUUUGCUCUCCACCUCCUGCUUGCCCUCCCCAAGCAGGGUCCUCUGAGACUUAGCACCUCCUUCGUUCUCACAGAGGAGUGCCCCACUGUCACCUACCCUUUUAUCUCUGUUACUCAGAGGCUUCCUGGAGCUGGAGGACAGGGGGCCUCCUAAGGCCGUUUGGACAUCCUCCUGCUUUCAGAGGUGCAUUUGUGGAGCAAGAAGCUGUGUGUGAGUGGCUUGAGUGGACUGCUUCCUCUCCCUCCUUCUGUAUCUCCCCUUGGACUGACCCAACUGCAGAGUCUGGGGGCUUGUCCCUGCUGCCCUCUAAGCCCACCUCCCCUGGGUGUAUGCAGGGCUUAGCCCAUAGCUCACCUCCCUCUCGGCGGAGUUCCAGAACAUAGCCCUGGAGCCCCAGCUUCCCUAGCCUCUCCGGGGGUUCCCAGCUCACAGUCACCGAGCUGUCACUCACGUCCUCCACAGCCAGCAGCAGCGGGGCACUGGGGACAUCUGAGGGAGAAGCAGGGGGAGAUAAAGAGGUUCGUAGCCAAAAGCUCUCCCCGCGCCACUCUCCGCCAAGGCUGCCUCCCUCCUCCACCUGUCCCGCCUCUUGUCACCUUCACUUGGAGGUGCGGGUUUAGAGGCUGCGGGGGCAGGUGCCUGAGGGGCAGGCUCCUGUGGCUUGGGAGCCUGCUCUUCCCCGGUAGACUUCGGUGCCGCCACUUCUCCAGAGGGCUCUGUGGUGGGCACAUUUGCAGACUCAGAGGCAGUCUCCUCCGGACCACAGGCAAGGGCUUCCCGGGUGGCUUUUCCUCUCAUUGCAAGGAUUGCUGGAGGGUCGGGCUGGAGGGCGCAGGUAGUAGCACUGGAGGGUCUGUGCUUCCAGGGUGCCUGGGACACCCAGGUCCAGGCUUAUAUAGUCAGGGGGCUGCCCCACCCCCAGGCAAAUGAUUCCCAGCUGUGGGGUCAGGUCAGGCAGGGGGACUGGGGGGGUGCGUGGGGAGGCGCUGAAGCCAGGAAUAGCUCUGGCGGAGGACUGCAAGGGUCCCUUGAGGAGUGCACGACCUCGUCCAUCACCCCGACUGGAUCUCAGCAGGCAGGGUUCUGGUGCCCAGAUGGGAGGAGGGUACAGAUCGGUGAGAUGGGACAUUGCCAGGAGCCUGCGCCAGGGGUCAGGGCAAUGGGAACGAGAGCUUCCAUCUGGAGAAUGAACCCAGAUCAGGCUCUGUGUGUUUGGCCUCUGGGGGACCACUUGUGCCCAGGGCUUCUCAGCUUGGGUGCUGGGGUUCCAGACAGCCUGGAAACAGCCUCCUCUUGGGAGCACUCCCAGCUUUGUCCCUGGGGUCCCACACUCCCCUGGUCCUCACAUUCCCUGGGAAUUCUCACUUGUGCUGUAUGAGGUUGAGGGCCUAGAGAGGGAGGGAAUUGGGAUGCCCAAGGUGGGCCUGAUUGGAGGAAGGUCUUCUAGCAAUGGGACCCCAGGAAGGGAGUCUAAGGCCCCUGGUUACCCAGCCUCUCCAAUCCCUGCUCUGGACCUCAGUUUCGCCAUCUGUUACAGAGAACACUAUGACAGUCCCCUAGCCCUUGGGGGUAAAAUCAAGUCAUAAGACAGGUCUGGAAGAGACCUUGGAGGAGGACAGCACUCUGAGACUUGUAUUCUUCGAAGCAGGACAUCUGCAUGCCACGGGGAAAUGAGGCAGGUACAACCAAAUUCCUAGUCAUUGAGUCAUUCAUCCAAUAAAACAGUAAGAUUGGGAAUGAUU